UGAGGAAGGGGCACAGUGUGGAGACAUCUCACCUCACUUGCAGCAGUCCGUUUCUGUCGCUCUGUAUCAGUCGGCUGUCUGCGGUACAUUUGGAGUGGAAUAACAUCUUCAGGAAUCACUAUCAACAAAAGAGUGUCUGCUUGCCAACGUUAGAAACUGCUGAGACGAUCCACCGGGUGAUGUGACAGCGACGACCACCUGUUCUCACUAAAACGAUGAAGAUGAGGAUCCUGGGGCCAGAGAGGUUCUGUGUUCUGCUGGGUGUGUCCCUCCAACUGUUGCUGUUGCUACCAGACACCUCCUCUACCGCUGCAACCUGGAGCCAGAGUGGACCCCUCAUACCUCUCAUACCCCGCCUGCAGCUCUCACACACAGAGUUGCAUGGGAGGAACAGUUCCAGUGUGUUCUGGGACCGGGGUGUAAGUGGGGGUUACCAGGCCCUGCUGCUGGAUGAGGACCGUGGCUGGCUGCUGGUGGGAGGAAGAGACCACGUCUACCUGCUGCACUCUAACAGUCUGGCUCUACCUACACGCACGAUCUACUGGCCAGCUGCGACGGAACACGUUGAGCACUGCAGGCUGGCAGGGAAGAACCUGUCGACUGACUGCGCCAACUACGUACGUCUCCUCCAGCCCUUCAAUAAGACUCAUGUGUACGUCUGUGGCACCGGGGCAUACCACCCACAAUGCACCUACAUAGACCUGGGACGCAGCAUUGAGGAGCCAUCGUUCCACCUGCUGAGCCAUGCUGUGGAGUCUGGACGGGGUAAAUGCCCCUUUAGUCCACGGGAACCCUUCACCGCCAGGCUCACCG